GGGACCGCUGCCUUUCCGCUUCCCUCGCGGGCGGCGGCUGCGCGUGAGCGCCGCCUCGCGCCUCCCGCCCUUUCCUGCGGGUUGAGGGCCCGCUCGGCGCUCCGCUGCCCGCCGCCCGCCCCGGGCCGGGGAUGCGCGACGCGGCGGGAUGGAGGUGGAGGAGGCGUUCCCGUUGGUGGGGCAGAUGGGACCCUACCAGGUGUAUCUGUGCGUCCUGCUGGCCGUGCUCCUCCAGCUCUAUGUGGCCACUGAAGCCAUCCUCAUUGCACUGGUGGGGGCAACUCCUCCAUACCACUGGGAUCUGGAAUUGCUCUUUGCUAACCAGAGCCAUAGCAACCAGUCAGCGAGUGAGCAGAGAGCCUUUGGGGAAUGGCUUCUUACUGCCAAUGGCAGCGAAGUUCAUAAGCACGUACACUUCAGCAGCAGCUUCACAUCAAUAGUCUCUGAGUGGUUUUUAAUUGGCAACACAUCAUACAAAGUCAGUGCUGCCAGUUCUUUCUACUUCAGUGGUGUGUUUGUUGGAGCAAUCUCCUUUGGCCAGCUCUCAGAUCGCUUUGGAAGGAAGAAAAUCUAUCUCACAGGUUUUGCCCUUGACAUCUUGUUUGCCAUUGCAAAUGGAUUGUCACCCUCAUAUGAAUUCUUUGCCGUGUCUCGAUUCUUGGUAGGAGUGAUGAAUGGUGGGAUGUCACUGGUGGCCUUUGUUCUACUGAAUGAGUGUGUGGGUACUGCCUACUGGGCAUUAGCAGGAUCUAUUGGAGGCUUGUUCUUUGCUGUGGGAAUUGCCCAGUAUGCUUUAUUAGGGUACUUCAUUCGCUCCUGGAGGACUCUGGCUGUUGUGGUUAACCUGGAAGGAACAGUAGUCUUUCUUCUCUCUCUGUUUAUUCCAGAGUCCCCCCGCUGGCUAUAUUCACAAGGCCGGCUGAGUGAAGCAGAAGAUGCCCUCUACCUCAUUGCAAAGAAGAACCGCAAGCAGAAGCACACUUUUUCAUUAAAGCUCCCUGCUGAGAGGAGCCCCAGAGAAGCUGGCAGUUUCUUGGACCUCUUCCGAUACAGGGUUCUCUUGGGACGCACCUUAAUCAUGAUGUUCACCUGGUUUGUGUGCAGCUUGGUUUAUUACGGUCUUACCCUUAAUGUGGGUGAUUUAGGUGGAAACAUUUAUGCCAAUUUAGCCCUAUCAGGAUUGAUAGAAAUCCCAGCAUACCCGAUCUGUAUUUACUUGAUUAACCAAAAAUGGUUUGGUCGAAAGAGAACACUGAGUGCAUUUCUGUUCCUGGGAGGAUUGGCUUGUCUUAUUGUCAUGUUUCUUCCUAAAAAGAAAGAUACUGGAGUUUUUGCAGUGGUGAACAGUCGCUCACUUUCUUUGCUGGGAAAACUGACAAUCAGUGCUGCAUUUAACAUUGUCUACAUCUACACGUCAGAACUUUAUCCCACAGUGAUCAGGAAUGUUGGAAUGGGUGCCUGCUCCAUGUUUUCCCGUGUUGGUGGAAUCAUUGCUCCUUUUGUCCCUUCAUUGAAAUCUGUGCAGUGGUCUCUGCCUUACAUUGUAUUUGGAGCAACUGGUUUAUUGUCUGGGCUCUUAAGUUUAUUGUUGCCUGAAACCUUGAACAGCCCUCUGCUAGAAACUAUUUCAGACCUACAGAUAUGCUCAUACUGGAGACUGGGGGAUGAAGCCAUGUCAUUGCAAACCCUAGAUGGCUCACAGUCUGGAGACAAGGACUAUUCUGCAGGAAGUGGAAGUGAAGAUGAGGAAUUCUACGAUGCUAAUGAAGAGACCCAUAUGAUCAAGUAAUGAAAAGAAGAAACACAGACUUGUUCUCUUUUUUUUUCCUCUUCCUUGUCCAGUCAGUCCAGCUCUGAGAUGAGAGUACUGGAAACCACCUAUCAGGGAAUGUAACUGGGCAAGUGCCUGUGUCUUUCCUGAGUAGGAAGGGAGUUUAAAUACUGUUAAGAUUAAUUACACCACUGUUUCUUUUCAUGUGAGACAGCCAUUCAAAUACUUGUGGGUAGGAAUGAGAGAGAAUGCACAGACUACAUUUGAAUGAUAGCAAGGGAAGGAUAAUGCAUUUCUGGAACAGAAAAUUAUCAACUAUUUGUGCAGAUCAUCGGUGCUUUUGUAUUUUCAGAGGGUUGAUUUUGAGUCAUCCUAAACUGAUGAACUUGAAAAUGUUCACUUUUUUGUUUUUUGUGGAAUGAAAGUGAUUGCACAAUAUUUUGUGUGCUACCCCAGGAGGAACGAACUUAUGAAAUUGUAUGUGAAAAUGGCUUUUACAUAUUGAGUGGGGGAGAGGCAACUAUCAACAUAGAGUUUCUCCUUCAGGCAUGUGGGCACCUGUGUAGAAUUACAAGGUACAGCUGAUCAGUUCAUGGCCUAUCCAUGAACUUUGUGAUGAUGAAAGGCUGGGAAGAGUCCAUAACAUCUGUAGAUAUAGAGGAUGUUGCUGAUUUCUCUCUCCUCUAUCGACCAAACAUUCUCUUGGGCUGCCUUAUGCAUAGAUUUGCCACAUUUCCCACAUCUCAGAACUGCUGUUUGUAGCUUUGCCUACUUCUACUUUGUCUUCACUUUUCUAUAAAUAUUAAAGCUUAGCAACUUCUCUGCCUGUGCAGUGAAGUAACUCUGUUUAAGGAUGUAAUUUCAUAAGUGGUACACAGGUGAGGUCUUUAUCGCAUACUGUGUAAGGUGAAGUGUGUUUUUAGGGUAUUUAGCUCAUUUCUAUGGACCUAUCUGCAUCUUCAUUUGUGGAAGAAAUGUAAGCAUUAAGGGACAAGAGGAGCCGUGGGCUGCUGUUACAUUUUGUAGGAUUAUUGCAGAAAGCUGCUAAUAUCUGUUUAAAAUUCUUUUGCUCUUAAACUCUUUAAGCCAGUGUUUACUGGAUUACUUGACCUUGUUGAGGAAGACAACUUCAUUCUUUAGUUUACACUACACUUUGUUUAGUUAGAAGGAUACAAAAAUCUUGAAGUAUGAGCAAGUGCAAUGUUGUGACUGAAAAAUAAGGCCUUAGGAACAUUCAACUUUUAUCCUCUAACUACUUGCUUGCUAUUUAUUAAGAUUGAUUUCCAUGAGUUGUUUGCUAGUUUUUAUACUUGAGGUCACUAACAAAGUGAAAAGAGCUGUUGACCUUGUGAGACAUUUUUGUAUGUGAAUAGUAGAUUUAGAAAAUGGAAUUAAAAAAAAAAAAAAAAGAGUUGUCAGUUGAACUUAUUCCAGUUAAACUGGGAAGUUCAUUUACUCUGAAAGGAAGUGAAACUGAACAGUAUCUGAAGUUUACAGCUAGCUGCUUGACCUUUGUUCAUUAGAACUAUAGCACUGAGGAAAAUGUAACUACCCUGCUUGGUGCAGCAGGCAGCCCAGAGGCUACAGAGUGCAGCAUGUAAUACUCCCACUUGAUCUGAAUUUGAUUCACACAUUGGCUGUGAGUACAGUAGGGAACUUCAAUCCCUGUGGAAAAAGUGUCUUCAGUUUUUCUUCCAGACUGCUGCAUCAUUGUUGUAGCAAGGGCAUUUUCAUCUUGGCUGGAUAUUUUUUCUGCCUAUAUUUGGCCCUUAUGCCUGGUUGAAAAUUUCUCUAAAUAAGGCACUUGGAAAAGCAUGGAAUGUUGAGUAUAUUUAUUCAAAGAUAUUUUUAGUUCUGUAUUCACAUUUUGAAUUAUGGGUAGUUGGAAAAGCAUCAGGUUUGGUUUCAUUGUUGAUGACUUUUGAAGACAUAAAGCCCACUUACUUGAAAGCAAACAGUGGUAAGCCUGGUAUUAUUAGCAUGCUGCCAAGAUCCAGCACAUUUUUUAGCUGCUUAUUUUCCUCUCUUAUAUGGUAUGUAGAGUAAGUUUCCCUGAGAGGCAGACAGGAACUGUUAGCCAUUCUUUGUCCAUAGUUUGUGUGUCAUCUGCUACUGGCAACACAGGACAUCAUGUCCACACAGUGCUCAGUAGGAAGAGUAAGAUGUGACAGUUCAGGUGGGGAGAUUACUUUGCAGAACCUGAGUUGAAUAUUUGUGGUUCUUUGAUUUUAAUCAGUCUUCAACUUGUUAUCAAACUUACUUCUCCAUUCAUGCACUUUUCUAUUGUAAGUAUAGAUGUAGAAAAUUCAAAAACGAGAGUGAAGAAAGUGUAUUUUUUGUUUGAUAAGUUACUGUACUUCAUUUUAGAAAUAUAGGAAUAUUUUGUUUCAGCUGAAGGAUGGAGUACUGAUUACCUUUCCCACUCUUAGAGCUGCCUCUAAUCAUGCUCUCUGACAUAUAGUGUAUCUAGGCAUCUGUGCAAUUUGUGAGCAUGGUGGUAAAUAUGUCUGAAGAGCUCAUGAGCAGCAGUACUGUUAUUUGAUGGUAGAAGUCAGUCUGGCCUGAUACACUCAAUGCCUGUGUCAGGAAUGUCUAUAUGCAGCUGUUUACCAAACAGGACAGCUAUUUUGAGUCUCACAGCUCAUAUUUUGUUGCAAGGUGUAUUAAGUGAAUGAAAGACCUGUGUAAGAAAACUUGUGACAUCUGAGCAUAGAAUUGGAGUGUGAACAAGUUUAUACAGAAUUUUCCACGCCAUGUCUUUUUAAUGCCUUGUCCAGUCUAUGUUAACCUUAACCAGAUUAUCCAGGUGCUACAGUUAUUUCAGUCUAAUACAGGUGUGCAGAAUUUUCACCCUGACAGUCUGAAUUUACUGAACUUUCUCAUCUUAUUUUGGUACUACUAGCUCCUGUCAUCCUGGAAAAAAAGCUCUUGUGUUGCCUAAUGGAGAGUAGAUUUUUAUUCUGCUCUAAUUUAUUGUAAGUGCCUGUAUUAUGAAAGGCUUUUUAAUUUCCUCAAUCAACUUGAUAUGGGAAUGUGUGUAAAGUAACAUCAUAGAACUGAAUGAUGUAUGUGCCAAAGACUGCUUUUGCUGGAAAGCAAUGGUCCAAUACUGGUUCUAACUGCAUUCAUUUGGAAUUCCUCCAUGCAACCUGCCAAAACUGGUGCAUACAAGCAUCUCCAGAGCGUUAGGAGAUGGAAAGUUACCUUUGCUUGUCUUUCCUUUUUCAGUUCACUUAAAUAUUUUGUGUUUUCUGAAAGGAGAAAGUGUAGGAUUUAUAGAAGAGCUGAGUAUGCACCUCUUGUCAAUUAGAGAAAUCUGCAGAGCCUGUUUGCUUCUGAGUUAGUAAGCUCAUAGAAUGGAGUACAUUUAAACAAUUGCCUGCCCAUCUUCAAUUACAAAAGCCUUUAGAGAAUGAUGAUCUUUUACAUGCAAGUUAAUGCUCGCCAACACAUCUGAGAUGCUUGUAUUACACCCACUGCAGCAGGUAGGCAAGAAAAUGUGGCAAUAAGAACAUCUUUGCCUAUACUGGAACAGUUAACUUUUUCUGAAAGAUAUCCCAGGAGAAGUAUCUAGUACAUCCAUAUUCAAACAAAAUAUUUAAAAAUGAUGGAAACUUGACUGGGAAACAGACGUUUCUGAUAGCAGCUUGCAGGGGAAAAAAAUCAUUGUUUCAAACUGGUUAAAAGCUUUCUAAUAUAGAACUGCUGAGUGGUUUGUAGUAAAAGAGUUUAUUGCACUUCUGUGAUGUCAAGUAUGACUCCAAAUGACAGUUUUUCAGUACUAGACUCACCUCACUCCCCAGAGUUUAAUCCAGUUCUCCAUCUGUUCUUGUUAAAAAUAUGAAGGUCUUUUAGCAACCAGGAAUAUAUUUUUCAUAUGGAUAUAUUUGUUGCACUACUUUCCUUCUUGAAUCUAAUUUUACUUCCAUUUUUUAAGCUACUACCUCCUUAAGUUGAGCUUUUUUGUCACUUCUGUAUUUAAUAGAUUUUAGAUAAUAUAAAAUAUUUCCAUUUUUUUUAUUUAUGUAGUAAUCCAUGAUUUAAAGAGAAGGAAGACUUGUGCUUUUAAAAGUUUUAUUUAAAGGCUUUUCAAAAUUAGCUUAAAAUGCUUAUGCUUUUGGAGGACCAGAGUUAUUGCACCUUUUAGAAUCUGGGUUCUCUUGUUUGCACUGUUGUUAAGGGCAAAAAAUUAAAGGCAAGAAACUUUUAUUUUUGUGCUAAUCUCCAUUGAGGGGAUAACUUGAGGGGAAGGAAGUUUUGAGUUGGGAAAUUUAACUUAUUGCUGAUUAAAGAGCUUCUAUUUAUUGCUGUUGGUAUUGAGGCAGAGAAAAACAAAUGGGGAGAGACGCUGCUUCUCUCUGGAUGCUCUUCCAUUGCCAUCUUGGUGGUCUCCUGUCCCUUGGUUGGAUAUUACUCUUAGUUCCUUCAGCAAGGCAACAAGUAGCUCGGGAGACUGGGAUCAGCACAUCGUACUAGCUGUCAUACUUGCUCCUUAUUUCUUUCUCUGCUGCUCUACUGUGGGUUUCCUCACUGGAUUCAGUGCCCUUUAGAGCUGCGUCUCCUUCUACGUCUCAUCCUCUCAGCCCCUGCUUGGGCUACAGUUCUUUUUUGGCGUUUCUUCUACCCUGCUGUCACCCCUCUCCUAUCCUGUGCUGGCAUAGUCUUCUCUUAUUUUUUUUUUUCUCCUCCUACUUCUAUAAAUAUUGUCUUUUUCUCUUAAAUAUGCUUUUAAAUAUUUUAGAUGUGCCACAACCUCCUUGGAUUGUGUGGAGCAUUGGGAUGAAAUGGGUCAGUGCCUAAUGACCGAAAUAGGCAAUGGGCCCAAACUGAAAGACAUGUGGAUCUGCCUAAGAAUAGAGAAACACUUUUUUUUCUUUUCCUUCUUUUUUUUCCUUUUUUUUUUUUUUUUUUUUUUUUUUUUUUUUUUAAAUGCUAUGGAGUUAUUGGCAGUGUUCAAAAGCCAUCAAGACAAGGUCCAGGGCAACCAGCUGUAUGGGACCCUAGAUGACCUCCACUACCAAAACUCUUGACAGGUGUGCCUAAUACAUGACUCCACAAUGCUUUCUUUCAGAUCGAGUCCUUAAAGGGCUGACAGUUACUACGAGCAAAACUUGGCACCAUAUUCCUUUUGUGUUUCUAUCGUCUUAGGUCAAAUAAAUGAAACUCCUAAGGAUAUAAGCAGACAUUUAUAGCCAAGUUCUGUGUCUGGUUACAUGUUUGUAUUCUUACUGAUUUCAGAAGACAGAUCUUAGAUUUCCACUUGACCAGAAGAACAGCCAAAGGGGUAAGCUUCCUUCUCUCUGCUUAAGCCUUCAUCAUCAUGAAAUCAAAUCUUUCUACAGUCUCUGUAUCUUGUAGACAUAAAGUCCUGGUUAGCCCAGAGGUGAGUAACAGAAAAGAGGCAGUACAGGGAAUCGAUUUUUGUUUGCAGCAGUGAAUCAAAUUGUAAAUAGGUGGUGUGCAUAUUUUUAAAUAUUUCUGGGGGGGGACUUGAAUACUGACUGUUACGAGCCUUCCAGCAUUAAAACACAGACUGAUAAAUGUCAGAGUACUUCUUUAGUUGUAUCCGUGCGCUGUUGUUAAUUCAAAGUUGUACUGAUGAGAAGUCUCUGUUUAGAAUACUUGAUCUGAGAAGCCACAGUUAAGGCAUCAUGAGCUUUUCCAUAAUAGACCUUUUAUGGGGUUAUGUCCAUGCAUUCUGUGAACAGUUGUUGGGUCCAUCUCUUUUUAAGAUGUUCUUUCCCGUAAGCAAGGGACCAUAGCAACAAGUGUAGAAAUAUUCAGAGUAAUUGCACUUACCUGUUUUGUUUUCUUAAUGUAUUUCCUAUGCAUACUGCCUUACCCAUAUGUACUGUGCUUCACUGGUGGUACUAAGGGUAAAUAUCAGGUUUUUAAUUUAUAAUAUAUAACAUGAAUUUUUUAAAAAUAAUAAUAAUUCUGUAACAUUAGGUAUUUAUUUCAAGACAGAGGAAGAGAUGUUGCUAAGCCCAGGUGAAUUUAAUCAAAAGUUAAUAUUGGUGGUCUUUAUUCUCAGUUAAUUUCUGAACGGUUUUGAUCAUUUGAAAUAAAUAUAAUGUUUUAAGAUUUUUUUGUAGAGGAAAGCUCACUUUUAGGUGACUAGUAACAGCUCUGAUACUGCCUCUGACACGUGUACCUUCAUAUAAUGUCUUUGUAACUUAUUUUGUGCCUUUUCUCCCCCGACACAAAAAAUCUCUCAAUAAAAACAAACUCUUUUGGAACACUGUAAACCUCUUUUAUUGUACUGAUUUUAUUUGCCUGACCCUUUUGUUUUCUGGAGGGCACUGAAGCUAUCUC